AUGGACAGCAGCUUGAAUAAUUCUUCUCUUACCUUAGGUGUAGGUGAAACAAAGAAUAGGGCGGCAAGCAUCAGUAUCACUAGGGCAAGAGCAGAGGCAGAAUGUAGCAGCAGCAGCAUACAGCAACCAGCAGCAAUAUGCUUAGCAGGGCAGCAGCUGCAGCAACAGGGAGCAAAGUUGAUUGUUGAACGAGGUGAGUUUCCUAAGACCGUCUCCGCUCUUCGUUCAAUUCCGGGAAUAGGAGAUUACACUGCUGGAGCAAUUGCUUCUAUUGCUUUCAAGGAGGCAGUGCCUGUGGUCGAUGGAAAUGUCAUCAGGGUGAUUGCUAGACUGAAGGCUAUAUCUGCAAAUCCAAAAAAGUCUCAGACUGUCAAGAGUUUCUGGAAAUUAGCUGGGCAAUUGGUUGAUCUUUGUAUGCCUGGAGACUUCAACCAGGCUCUGAUGGAGCUUGGGGCAACCCUAUGCACACCUUUGAGCCCAAGCUGCUCUUCAUGCCCUGUGUCAGGCCAAUGUCAUGCACUUGUAAUCUCUAGAACUUGCGAAUCGGUACAGGUUACAGAUUAUCCAGUAAAGGUGGAAAAACCCAAGCAAAGAAGUGAUCUCUCUGCUGUCUGUGUUGUUGAAAUAGCUGAAGGUCCAGAAACUCAGAAGGGACCCCAUAGUAAGAACAAUAAGUUUCUCCUUGUAAAAAGGCCGGAAGAAGGGUUGCUAGCUGGUCUCUGGGAGUUCCCAUCUGUAAUUCUGGAUGGAGAAGAUGACUUGGCCACAAGAAGAGAAGCAAUGGAUCUGUACUUGAAGAAGUCUUUCAAGCUUGAUGUUAAGAAAAGUUCCUGUAUAAUGUUGCGGGAAGAUAUUGGAGAGUAUGUCCACAUUUUCACUCACAUACGUCUGAGGAUGUAUGUAGAGUUGUUGGUUUUACAUCUAAAAGGUGGGGUUAAUCUACUCAACAGAAAGGAGGACAAAGAAAAAAUUGCAUGGAAGUUGGUGGAUGGCAAAUCCAUUCAAAAUAUGGGAUUGACAUCCGGAGUAAGAAUGGUUUACAAUAUGAUUCAGAAAUUCAAGCAAAGUAGACUGCUCACAAAUUCCAAAAUCAAAAGAAAAAGGAAUCAGAAAAAAUAAUCAAAUGAAACAUCCUUCUGAUAGGGUAUCCAUUGCUCCCACCCCACCCCCACCCCCACCCAAAAAAAAAAAAAAAAAAAAUAUUUGUGAACUAAAUUAAAUGAUAUACCCUUUUGUUGGGGUAUCUGCAGGGCGUAAUGCAAGAUGCUGGAUUCUUCCAAAAGAUUGUAUGAAAUCUUAUUUCAUAUAUCACAAAGAUCAUUUAUCUCAAAUCUUCAUGAGAUGUCUGUGACAUUGUUACUUUGCAGUUUUGUAUCUAAUACUCUGUACAUUUGACUUUCUAUACAGACUUGUGUGCUAUUGUGCUGCA